UCUCAAGAUGAAACCCCUGGUGGCUACAGUUUUCCUGGUAGCCCUGAUGCAACUUUCUCAGUCCUUCCCUGCCUGGUACCACAGAGGAUGGCUGAGACUGCUAAGGGAAGGGGAUAGCUGUGGAAUAUGCAACCUGGAACUCUGCCCCGUGCCUACAGCCUGCCAAGCAGGGACCGUGUUGGACUCAUGCGGCUGCUGUCCCGAAUGCGGGAAUGUGGAGGGGCAGAUCUGUGACUUGGACGAAGGCAGCCAUUUUUACGGGCAAUGCGGGGACAACCUGGAGUGCCGUUUGGAUGUCCGUGACAUCAAGUCUGGAGAAAUCCCCGAGCCACAAUGUGUCUGCAAGCUGCAGGAGACUGUAUGUGGACCUGAAGGGAAGACCUAUGAGAACAUCUGCCAGUUCCAUGAGGCUUAUGCAGGAAAGGGGAUAAAUGCGAGCAUAAAGCACAAAGGACCAUGCAAAUCGGCUCCUGUUAUUUCUUUGCCACCUCGAGACACCCAGAAUUUCACAGGGAAUGACGUCAUCUUCGGUUGUGAGGUAUCUGCAUAUCCCAUGCCGCACCUUGAGUGGAAGAAGAAAGGAAAUAAGAUGUUUCUGCCAGGAGAUGAUGCUCAUAUUUCAAUACAGGCAAGAGGGGGACCUCGGAAGUACAGUGUGUCUGGAUGGUUACAAAUUCAAGGGAUCAAGAAAUCAGAUGAAGGUGUCUACAUAUGCCAAACAAAAAACAAAUUUGGGUUUGCCUAUUCAUCUGCAAGGCUGAAAGUUAUUGAUGACACAUCAUUAACUUUCCAGAAUAUUCCUGGCAGCUGGAGCACAAGCGAUGGCACAGAUUAUGGAGACGAUUUUGAUUCUGCUGAAGACGAGGAAGAGGCAGAAUAUGAAUCUGGAGACUAUGAAAAAUGAAGCAAGUUUGGAUUGUGUAA